UCGGGAUCAACAUUCAAAGAAUGGCAGCGGUCAACCAAACAAAAAUAAUGUUUGCAAAUCUAAUGCGAAAAACAACCCCCAAAAGCAUCUGCAAAAGGUGUUUUUCAGUUACAAGACCAGUACAGGAUGGCAAACCUCUCAUUGGUUUUAUUGGCUUGGGAAACAUGGGAAAUCACAUGGCAAGGAACUUGGUCAGCAAGGGCUACCCUUUGCUUGUAUAUGAUGUGAACACUGCUGCUGUUGAUGGACUUAAACAAGCUGGUGCUAAAGCUGCCAGUAAUCCAGCUGAGAUCGCCUCUAACACAGACAGAAUUAUCACAAUGUUGCCAGCUAGUCAGCAUGUCCAACAGGUCUAUGCAGGUGACAAUGGCGUACUGAGCAAGGUUGUGAAGGGAAGUAUAAUGAUUGACAGCAGUACCAUAGACCCAGCUGUCUCCAAGGAUAUGGCUAAGGCUGCUGAGAGCAAGGGGGCAUUCUACCUGGAUGCACCUGUCUCUGGGGGGGUAAAUGCUGCUCGACAGGCCCUUCUUACCUUCAUGGUGGGCGGACCAGAAUCAAAGUUCCCAGAAGCCCAGGAAAUUUUACAGAACAUGGGCAAGAAUGUAGUUCACUGCGGGUCAGUGGGCACAGGACAGGCAGCUAAAAUUUGCAACAAUAUGUUAUUGGGUAUUUCUAUGAUUGGGACAUCAGAAACCAUGAACCUGGGGAUCAAGCUGGGUCUUGAUCCAAAGAUGCUGGCAAAGAUUCUCAACAUGAGUUCGGGUCGCUGCUGGUCCAGUGAUACUUACAACCCCUGCCCCGGGGUGUUUGAGAAUGUCCCUUCUAGCAAUAAUUAUGAAGGAGGAUUUGGUACUGCACUCAUGACUAAGGAUCUAGGUCUGGCUAACAAUGCAGCCAAGGACACUAACUCUGCCAUCACUCUAGGACGGGAGGCACUAGAGAUUUACACCAAAAUGACCGAAAAAGGAUAUGGAGGCAAGGACUUCUCUGUUAUCUUCAAAAUAUUAGAAGAGAUGUCAGGUCCAGAGGUGGAGAAGAAAAAGAAGGAAUUCUUUGAUCAUUAAUUAAACCAUUCCAUGAAUAUUAACCCAGUGUGUAUAUGUUUGUCAGAGUUUUAAUAUGCCAAAAUGUUUUCUUGCAUAGGAUCUAAACAUUUUUUUUUUACAGGAAGAUUGAACUUUCUUUGUUUCAUGUGCUAUGCUGUCAGUUAAUUGGAGUAAUUGUAUUUACAGAUGUGAUGUUCAUUUUGUUAUUAAUGAAUAACAUUUUUAAAAGAAAGAAAAUACAACUGACUCUCUAUCCACAGGCACCUUGUGUUGAACACAAUAUAUAAUAAUGUAAAAUCAUCAUAAUCUGCUAAUUAAGGCUUGUAAAAGUUUUUAUAUGAAAUUUGUCCACAUCUAUGGAUUGGAAAUGUACCACUACAUUAUAUAUUAGGUGGAUAUGUUGAGAAUAUUUGUUUUGUUGUGCAAAAGAAAACAAGGUCUAAAAUGUCAACAAAAAAACUUGAUGGCCUGCAAACAUCUGUUUACAAAUGUUUUGUGAAAUAUUGUACUCUUUUUGAUAUAUUUUGGUUGUAUAUAUAUACCAUAUAAUUAUAUGCACUGAUUUUCUAUAAUAUUUUCAGAGUUUAACAUCCAGCAGUCUAAAAUAUAACCUUAAAUUUUAAAAAAAUUUUAAAAGUGUGAAAUAGCCAUUACUGUACUGGGGUAAGAAUGAGAUUGAUGUGUGACUUCGAAUGGUCAUUUUAUUUGGUGAUGACCAAAAUUUCAAGCAUCAGAUUAUUAUAAAAGUUUGUUAAAUUGCCUUAGUGUCAUUUGGCUGGUCAGAAAUUUCACAUCGGCAAUGAAAAUUCACACUUACCUUAUGUAUACUGUGUGCACUAGGUCUCUGUGAGUGAACUGCUUCAAAUGAUCAUGCACUGACUGAUAAUUUUUUUUCUCUCCAUUUUAAUGGGGG